AUGCCAGCAGCGAGUACGAGCAUGAAUGACCUAUCGAGGUCAGGCGUAUCCGUCUUGAGCCCGUCCCAGGUGGUUGAUUCACUGGAAAAUGCGGUGGAAAAUGCAAAGAUCAGUGGAGAUCUCAAGUCGUAUGAGAGUUUUGUUGAAGACGUAGUCGAUGCGGAUAUAAAAUAUCAAAUCCGUCUAUGCCCUGCGCUCGCCCAAAAGCAUCAAGAACGCGCACCGACUCCCAAUAUCGCGCCAGAUGCGUCAAAAGUUACAGCCGUCGUUCAAACAAUCACACAGACUGACCCGUUCUUGCCGCCCUUCAACUCGCUACAUAUUGGAGAAAUGCGAGAUGUACUCGAAGGAGAUAGCGUCGAGGGAUACAAUGUUCUGCUGAACAAGUUUGUGCUCGCCAAAGGUCACUCUUUGCUCGUGACCAAAGCUCGCCCAUUUGCUUUUCCUCAACUCCCAUUCGCGGCGCAUAUCAAGCGACUGGACAAGAAUGUUCGUUCUGCUGCUGCUGACGUCUUUGUCGACGGAUCGAGUACUGAGGAGAAUAGCGAAGAGGCACGGGAAGCGGUGGACAGGCUGAGUGCGGAGCUCGCCAUGUCGUUUAUGGCCAUCCUCGACGAAUGUACCAGAUGA